AUUUUGUUGAGGAUUACGGGAAAAAUGAAUUUGUGAUGAUGAUUCAUAGUCACAAACAAAUUGUAAUCACAUUAUAAAUCCCUUGUCGUAUUACUCAUCAAGCAAUUUUAUAGGACAUUAUAAGUUUCUGUGUUAUAUUGUGAAUACUCGCGAACCAACAUGUUUUCAACUAACCCUAACUAUUCCAAGCUGAAAACUCAUUUGCGGCUAGCUUUAAAUCGUCUGAAGUUGUUAGAAAAGAAGAAAACAGAACUAGCUCUGAAGGCACGCAAGGAAAUUGCGGAUUAUAUAGCUGCUGGGAAAAGCGAACGAGCUAAAAUUCGCGUGGAACAUAUCAUCAGAGAAGAUUACAUGGUGGAAGCAAUGGAAAUAGUAGAAAUGUACUGUGACCUCAUCCUGGCGAGGUUUGGACUUGUCACACAAAUGAAGGAAUUGGAUGAGGGUCUUGCAGAGUCUAUAUCCAGUCUGAUUUGGGUGGCUCCUAGAAUGCAUACAGAUGUACAGGAAUUGAAAGUAAUUUCAGAUCUAUUAACUGCGAAGUACGGUAAAAUCUAUGCAGACGCUUGUAGAAACGAAAGUGUGAACACAAUCAGCGAGAAGCUGCGACACAAGUUGUCCGUACAGAGCCCUCCCAAGAUACUUGUGGAGAAGUACUUGAUAGAGAUCGCCAAGAACUACAAUGUGGAGUAUACGCCUGAUGAACAAGUCAUGAGGGGGGAGGAAGAAGGCCGUGACGCGCUCCUGAUCGACAUAGGCGGGCCUCCCAACCCGCCGGGUUUCAUCGGAUACCCGAUGCAGAUGCCUCAGAUGCCAAGCGUACAGCCCUUUAGCUAUCCCUCGGAACCUUCACAUGGAAAAGCUGGUGGGUUCAUAGCAACCCCUCCUGGCAACUACGGUGGUCCCAGUCAGUCUCCUAUGGGGUACAAUUUACCCCCAGGCGUAGACUCAAAAAAUCUGAGCAACAGUUUUCUUCAGGAUGAGAUGCAUAAUCUGCCACCUGCUUAUGACAGCAUUAAUCACGAUAUGCCAUCUCUCCCGCCGCAACCACCGCAACCGCAACCGCAGCCGCGGCCGCGCACCGUCCAAGCACCGAACCUGUUCCCCGAACUCCCGGAACUUCCCUCAGUGCCCUCCGACCUCAUCCUGCCCUCAGUGCCUCACAGCCACGGCUCUGGGACCAGCAACAAUGGGCCAGGAUCAGGAUCUGGUAAUACACCGAACGCGCCCGAUGAGAUUGACUUUGAUGACCUGAAUCGCCGGUUUGAGGAGUUGAAGAAGAAAAAGUAAUGAGAGUUGAAUUUUCACACUGUUCGGAUCAGUCUUAAUUUAAAUCGAUGACUUGUAUAAUGAAGUUAAAUCUUUCUUUCGCUAUCAAAUCUAUAUUGACGAUUAACGGGUCACAAAUAUGUACAUACUGAUAGCGUCUGGUAUGUUAAUCAAUGGAAAUUUAGAAUGUAAUGGUAAAAUGGGCUCAUAUAUCUCAAAUACAGCAAAACAGCGUAAUUUGUCAGCAUAAAAAUUAAGUCGAUAAACAUUUUCUAAUGUUUAUUUUAAAAGUUAGUUCGGUGUUAUUUGAUUUUGACAAUGACAUGACAUCCUUAUUUCUCGUUGAGGUACCUAAAACAGUUUCUAAAUAUUUAUUUGUAUAUCGCUAUUGAUGAAAGUUUAGCUUCAUUGAUGAAAACUAUACUAAUAUAUCAUCAGUACGAAAAUGUUUAGUUGUAAGCCAAUUAUUACUUUUUUACUUGGUGUCAUUUAUAUCCGUAUGAUGCAACCAAACAUCUGUUUAUAUUUUGUUAUACGUAUUUAUUUAUAUGAUCUGUUUUAUGUAAAAUAAACAUAGUGUAAUAAAAAUCGUGCACUUGCCGUCAUCACGAUUCUGUUAAUAGCAAUACAAACAAACUUCAAUUCAUUUUGAAAGUUUCUCAAUGUAGAUUUAAUAAUAACUCAAAAUGUGAAUAAAUAUUAUGUGAUAGGGUAUUGAAAUAAAAAAAAUGUUAUGUAAUAUUAAAUUUUAUUAUCAAUGCUAUUUAAUGCUUGUUUAUAUUAAAAAUAAAAAAAACUUCACUGAUAACAUUCUAUAGCAAGCAACUGUAGAACAUGCAUCGCUACGACUUGUGUAAAAUAAAUUAUUUUUUAUAACAUUA